AUGGCUAGUUUAUCAAAAGGAGAUGUGUUGAUAAUUUUCAUGCAAGCCAUUUUGGGGUCUACAUUUGGUUGGAAUGCUUAUGGGGUAGGGGUUAAGUAUACAUCAGCAACUUUAGGAGCUGCAGCCUUCAAUUGUAUUCCUGUCACCACUUUCUUAUUUGCUCUUAUUUUAAGGGUGGAGAAAGUAAACAUAAGGAAAGCAAGUGGAAAGGCAAAGGUUGGAGGCAUAAUGUUGUGCAUUGUUGGUGUUGCAGUUAUUACAUUUUACAAAGGCCCUUAUUUGAAACCGGCUUGGGUUCUGAGAAGUUGUCCAUCUCCACUUGUAGUAACCUUUGGACAAACAUUUUCAAGUGCCAUUCAGUCAUUUGUUGUGGCUAUUGCAAUUGAAAGAAACCCUUCUCAAUGGAAGCUGGCUUGGAACAUUUCUCUUGCUGCUAUUCUUUAUUGCGGAGUUUUUGUAGUUUCCAUUGGAAACUAUUUGUCAAGCUGGGUGGUUAAAAAGAAGGGUCCAGUUUUCCAAGCUGUUACCACACCCUUCAAUCUCAUCAUCACACUCAUUGGUUCAGAAUUUCUUUUAAAGGAUGGAAUUAGCUUGGGAAGUACCAUCGGGGCACUAUUGCUAGUUUUGAGUCUUUAUAGUGUUUUAUGGGGAAAAAAGAAGGAAGCAAGUUGUCAUGAUGCAUCAAACAACAACAUUAGUUCUGUUCCAAUGGAAAGGAAAACAUUAAAUAACAUUUAA